AUGGUAGGUAAUAAUCCUAAAGAGGAUAUUUUAACAAGCUGUAAAGCAACAGCAAUGAUUUAUAAUGAUGCACAAAAGAAAUGGCUGCAUUGCGCAUCAAAUGGUCCAGCUAAAAUACAAUUAUUAUUUUCUUCGGAAACUCAAACAUAUCGCAUUGUUGGUCGACAAAUACAAGAUCAUGAAGUUGUUUUAAAUCAUUCAAUAAGUAAAGGCAUUAAAUAUAAUCAAGCAACACCAACAUUUCAUCAAUGGCGAGAUCAAUCAUCUGUUUACGGCUUAAAUUUUUCAUCAAAACUUGAUGCCCAAGAAUUUGGACUGACGAUGAUGAAGAUUCUUGAAAAUGUUAAUGGUUCUAAUAAUAAUUCAUCUUCUCAGAUGGUGAUUAAUGGAGGAGCUACUCUUCCAUCAUCAUCUUCAAUGAAUAAUAAUAAUAAUAAUGUACCAUCCUAUAAACGUCAAUCCAGUCAACCUCCUUCGACGCUUCCAUCGACAACAACAACAAUAGUACCUAUUAAUUGUCCUUCUUCAAAUUCAGAUGUUCAGCAGCAGCAAUAUUCGUCAUCGCCUUAUGCCAGUCAUUUGCGUCAAAAUUCGAAUUCUUUAAUGUCAACUCAAUCUGCAAUAAAUAAUAAUUACUAUUGUCAACAACAACAUCAAACAGCUGAAGAUGAAGAAACAAACUACGCUCUUAUAUCAGAUUCAUAUUCAUAUUUCGGUGAUAAUUCGUCGAAUAAAAAUAAUAAUAUACCACCGGCGCCACCUUUGAAUUUGGCUAUGUCUAUUUCUAAUGGCGCUCCGCCACCUCCACCACCACCUCCAUUACCUGGUUUUGGUAAUGGACCACCAGCUGCACCUGCAUUAAUAAUUCCCAAUAGUAAUGGUACCAGCAAUAACAAUACAGGACGAAAAACAAGUAUAACAACGACUGCUCCACCGAUGGAUUUAAUGUCUGAAAUGGCAGCUAAAUUUGCUCAACGACGCAAAUAUAUUGAUGAAAAUGAAAAAAAUGACGCAAAUAAUUCAAUUAAUAAUAAAGGAGCGUCAAAAAUAUCAACAACAAAUUUGCCCCCAGCAAUCGCUGGACCUGCAGCAACUUCACCGCGUGUUGGAAGAAAAGCGACUGAAUGUAAUUAUUCAUCAAAUGAAUUGGAAAAACUCAAAAUGGAUAUAUUGAAUGAAUUACGUAAAGAUAUUGAAAAAGCCAAACAAGAAAUUCUUAAUGCUAUUCUUGAUAAUCAACAUACUAAAAUUUAA